CUUACUGUUUUUAUUUUAUAUUUUGCAGAUUAGUUUUAAAUUAGUGCUUGAGAUACCUCUUUCUAUACAUUUAAUUGUUAAAUAUUUAUUCUUCCAAUAUUUUGAUGGCACAGUCAAUAAAUCCUAGAUUAUAUAGGAAUUAAUACAUAGAAAUCAAUAAAGUAACCAUUCUCCAUUCUGCAAAAAUAUACAUCUAGCCUUUACAAAUACAGAUUAAAGCAAAAUGCCACCGUCAAUAAAUUUUAAUGAAAACAAAUCGGUUUGGACUCCUGAUGGUCGUAAUGGUUUUUGCCUUGGAAGAAUUGUUGAUAUAGGAAGUGAUGCUAUAACAUUAGAGUUAAUUGAAAACCCUCAAAAGCGUGUAGUAGCUCCCUACAACAGGGUUUAUGCUUCUGAAGAUGAUGGAGAAAAAGAUUAUGAGGACAAUUGUUCAUUGAUGCAUUUAAAUGAAGCAACACUAUUGCAUAAUUUAAGACUUCGUUACAAAAGAAAAAAAAUUUAUACAUAUGUUGCAAAUAUCCUUAUUGCUUUGAAUCCUUAUCAAGAAAUCCCUGAUUUGUACACAAAAGAAACCAUUGCAAAGUACAAAGGAAAGUCAUUAGGAGUUCUUCCUCCACAUGUAUUUGCAAUAGCGGACAAAUCAUAUAGAGACAUGAAAGUUUUAAAACUAAGUCAAUCUAUAAUUGUCAGUGGAGAAAGUGGUGCUGGAAAAACGGAGUCGACUAAAUAUAUUUUGAGAUACUUAACAGAAACAUGUGGAGCUAGCACAAAAAUUGAACAAAGAAUUCUUGAAGCAAAUCCUUUGCUUGAAGCAUUCGGAAACUCAAAAACUCUUCGUAAUUUAAACAGCAGUCGAUUUGGAAAAUAUGUAGAGGUUCAUUUUGAUGCUCAGGCUAAUGUUUCUGGUGCUUUUAUCUCACAUUACCUUCUUGAAAAGUCUCGUAUAUGUCGACAAAAUCCUGGUGAAAGAAAUUAUCAUAUUUUUUAUCGAAUGUGCACAGGAGCACCUAGCGAUAUGAAAAAAGCUUUAGGACUUUCUGAAACUGCAAUGUUUAAUUACUUAAACAAAGGCUCACUAAAUGAGAAAGAAAUAAACGAUGCAAAAGAUUUUACUCUUUUGGACAAUGCCAUGAAUGCUGUUGGAAUAACAUUGACACAGAAAUCAGAUAUCUAUCGGGUUACAGCAGCAGUAUUGCACCUUGGCAACAUAGAGUUUCAAGAAAGCAUUAGUGAUAAAAAAGGAGGGUGUCAAGUUACUUCGACUUCAGAAAAGUUUGUAUCAAAUGCUGCAAAGCUUCUUGGGAUUCAAGUAGAUGAACUUUUAAUGGCAUUAUCAACAAGAAUAAUGAUGACUGCAAAAGGAGGUGGAAUGGGAACAACCUACAAAAUUCCACUGAAACCAGAACAAUCUGCUGCUGGAAGAGAUGCUCUUGCUAAAUCUAUUUAUUCUAAACUUUUUGACUACAUAGUUGGAUGUGUGAACCAAUGUUUUCCUUACCAAUCAUCACAGAGCUAUAUUGGUGUUCUUGAUAUUGCUGGUUUUGAAUUUUUUGAAGUUAACAGUUUUGAACAGUUGUGUAUCAAUUACUGCAAUGAAAAACUUCAGCAAUUUUUUAAUCAACGAAUUCUAAAAGAAGAGCAAGCGUUAUAUGAUAAGGAAGGACUUGGUGUUAAGAAUGUGUCCUACGCUGACAAUCAAGACUGUAUAGAACUCUUUGAAAUGAAAACUAUUGGCAUAAUGGACAUGUUAGAUGAAGAAAUGAAGUUCCCUUCACCAAGCGAUGUUCAUUUUACAAAUGAAGUUCAUGCUAAACAAAGCAAGCAUUUUAGACUUGCGGUCCCAAGAAAGUCUCCACUACCUAUUCACAGAAAUGUUAAAGACGAUGCUGGCUUCUUGAUUCGCCACUUUGCUGGCGCAGUCUGUUAUCAAACAGCUGGGUUUUUAGAAAAAAACAACGAUGCAUUACAUGAUAAUUUAGAACAGUUACUGCUGGAGUCAUCUGAUCCAUUCAUAAAAAGUUUAUUUCCAAUAUCUAAAGUAAACAAUAUGAAAAGCAAAAAACUUACAUUUGAAAGUGUUGGAAUGAAAUUUAGGAAUCAACUUACAUUGUUAAUUGAAAAGUUAAGAUCAACUAGUUCAAACUUUGUUCGAUGCAUAAAGCCUAAUGAUGCUAUGAAAAGUUCUGAUUUUGAAGGCGGACAGAUUCUUAGCCAGUUGCAAUGCGCUGGAAUGGUUUCAGUUUUAGAGCUAAUGCAAGAAGGUUAUCCAUCAAGAACUUCAUUUACAGAUCUACAUAGCAAGUACAAGAGUUACUUGCCUGAAAAGUUAAGUUGUCUAAACCCACGCACAUUUUGUCAAGCAUUAUUUAGAGCUGUUGGAAUAGAAAAUGGUAAUUUCAAAUUUGGAAUGUCAAAAGCCUUCUUUAGACCUGGAAAGUUUGCAGAAUUUGACCAACUCAUGCGCUCUGAUCCAGAAACCUUAAAAGUUUUAGUUUCAAAAGUUCAAAAAUGGAUUAUAAUAAAUCGUUGGAAACGAAUCAUUUGGGGAGCUUUAUCUGUUCAAAAACUUGCAAACAAAAUCAAAUAUCGUCAAGAAAUGCUUGUGUGCAUACAAAAAAAUAUUCGAAUGUUUUUAGCCAAGAAAAAACACAAACCAAGGUAUAAAGCAUUAGAAAAGAUGCGAACAUUACAUGGCCAAUUAAACCAACUUAUGGAAAUGGUUUCAAUGUUAAAGAAUGAUAAAGAUAUUUUCAACAAACAAGUUCAAGUUCUUACUAACGAUGUUAAUAACAGUAUAAAGCAAAUUCAGAAUAACAUUAUGUCAGAAAGCCAGAUGACCACUCGUUAUAAUGAACUUGUGCAGCAAAUUUCUAAACAGCUAUCUGUUUUGCAAUCUCAAGUGACAGUAGAAAAAGAGCAGGAAAAAGUUAGGAAGCUUCAAGAACAAAUGGAACUUGAGAAAAAGAAAAGAAUUGAGGAAGAGAAUCUGAAAAUUCAAGAAGAACAACUGCGAAAAGACCGUUUGGCUAAGGAAGCCAAAAUGAAGGAAGAAGCUGAAGCAGCUGAAAGAAAAAGACACGAAGAAGAGCAGAAAAAUAAACUUGCCAAUGAAAGCAGGAAGAAUGAGGAUCUAAGGGAACUACUACUUCUUGAACAACGUGAGGAACAACAGCGUAGAGACUAUGAACUGGCUUUACGUUUAGCAGCGGACCCUUCCACAAUGGAUUCUGAAGAUUUAAUGCAAAUAAAAAGAACAAGCAAUGAAUCAGAUCCAAAGUCAGCGAAGUAUAACUUGAAAAAAUGGAGUUAUUCAGAACUAAGAGACACAAUCAAUAAUUCUUGUGAUUUGGAGUUGCUUGAAGCAUGCCGUGUUGAGUUUCAUAGAAGAUUGAAGGUAUAUCAUGCGUGGCGCAAGAGAAAUAUAAAUAAAACAGAAUCUGCACCAAACGCACAACGUGCUCCAGCAGACAUAGUUAGACAAUGUGAAGUGUCUUCAUUUAUUCCAAGGAUCGAAACCUCCAAAAACACAAACUCAAAUGCUCAAAGAUAUUUCAGAGUUCCAUUUUCUAAACCAUCUGAUCAGUAUAGAGAUCCUGCUUACAAAAAAGUUGGAUACUGGUACGCGCAUUUUGACGGCGAGUGGGUUGCUCGCCAACUAGAAAUUCAUCCAAACGGUGCGCUUCUUUUAAUUGCUGGGUAUAAUGAUAUGGAUAUCUGUGAGUUGAGCUUAAGUGAAACGCGGUUGAUGGAAAGACCAGGCGCCGAGAUUACGUGCGACGAGUUUAAUGAUGUUUGGGUGCAUUAUGGCGGUAAAUUGGAUCAAGAUUUCAAAGCCAAACAACGAAAAUAAUUUUUUUUCCUUUUUUUUU